AUGGCCUGGCUGGUGCUGCUGGGCGCACUGCUGUGCAUGCCGCGCGUCGGGGUGGGCAGUCUGGGCUCAGAGGGCUUUUUGCCCUCUGCACCCCAUAACUGCCCCUACAGAUGUGUGUGCGCCGCUGACCUGCUGAGCUGCGCGGGCCUGGGGUUGCAGGACGUGCCGGCUGCGUUGCCUGCCGCUGCUGCGGACCUCGACCUGAGCCACAACGCGCUCCAGCGCCUCCGCCCCGGCUGGCUGGCGCCACUCUCCCGGCUGCGCGCCCUGCGCCUAGGCCACAACGAACUGGACGUGCUAGGUCACGGAGUCUUCACCAACGCCAGCGGCCUGCGGCUACUCGAUUUAUCAUCUAACGCGCUGCGGGCGCUUGGCCGCCACGACCUCGAAGGGUUGGGGGCGCUCGAGAGGUUGCUUCUGUUCAAUAACCGCUUAGCGCACUUGGAUGAGCACGCCUUCCAUGGCCUGGGCGCACUCAGCCGCCUCUACCUGGGCUGCAACGAACUCUCCUCCUUCUCUUUUGACCACCUGCACGGUCUGGGCACGACCCACCUACGUACUCUGGAUCUCUCCUCCAACCGCCUGGGACGCAUCCCAGUACCUGACCUGGCUGCACUGCCAGCCUUUCUUAAGAACGGCCUUUACCUGCACAACAAUCCAUUACCCUGUGACUGCCGUCUCUACCACCUGCUGCAGCGCUGGCAUCAGCGGGGCCUAAGCGCUGUGAGUGACUUUGCCCGAGAGUACAUGUGCCUGGCCUUCAAGGUACCCACAUCCCGUGUGCGCUUCUUUGAGCACAGCCGUGUCUUUGAGAAUUGCUCAGCUGUCCUGGCUCAGGGCCUAGAGCAGCCCGAAGUGCAGCUGCACGUGCAGAUGGGCCGGUCCCUGAGGCUGCACUGCAACACCAGUGCCCCAGCUGUGCGCAUCGCCUGGGUGUCACCACAGCACGAGCUGCUGGUGGCACCAGGAUCCCGAGAUGGCAGCAUCGCAGUGCUGGCUGAUGGCAGCUUGGCCAUCAGCAAUGUGCAGCCGCAGCACGAGGGGGUCUUUGUGUGCCUGGCAGCCGGGCCCCACCUGCAUCACAACCAGACGCACGAGUACAACGUGAGCGUGCAUUUCCCACACCCUGAGCCCGAGGCUUUCAACACAGGCUUCACCACCCUGCUGGGCUGCGCUGUGGGCCUGGUGCUCGUGCUGCUCUACCUUUUUGCGCCACCCUGCCCAGGCUGCCGCCGCUGCUACCGUCGCACCUGCCACUGCCGCCGCUGGCCCCGGGCACCCAGCCCCCUCCAGGAGCUGAGCGCACAGUCCUCAGUGCUCAGCACACCACCGGAUGUGCCCAGCCGCAAGGCCAGUGUCCACAAGCAUGUGGUCUUUCUGGAGCCAGGCAGGAGGGGCCUCAGUGGGCGUGUGCAGCUGGCAGUAGCCGAGGACUUUGAUCUCUACAAUCCUGUGGGCCUGCGGCUCAAGGCUGGCUCUGAGUCUGCUAGCUCCACAGGCUCUGAGGGUCUGGUGAUGACCUAG